AUGCAACGUGUAUCUAACGUCACGUCGCACGAGCAAAAACCGUCUAAACCUCUCUUGCUCUCGAAAGGCCUUGUCGGAGCGUCUCGAACCGGAAGAAACGCGCCUCGCUGCCUGCUAUUCCAGAGGCUUUUUAUGACCUGCGCUAGCGAGCUUUUGUGGCAGUCAAACUCUGCGGUAAUCGAGCAAGCACUCCAGACGUCGUGGCUUCGCGAAUUGGCCCAAGGUACUUUAUCGGAAUCGAACUUGGCUAGCUUCCUCUCCGUUGACACUGAGUUCCUAGCAGGCUACUGGCGGUGCCUGGGUCUGCUCUGCUUCACCGCCGAAACAGGCUGGGAGCACCAGGUGCUCGCCGAGUUAAGCCACGCCAUAGCCGCCGAGCGUGGAAGCGUUUCUGCCCAAGAACAGGUCGCCGCCAAACACGGGGCACAGCAGCUGGUGGCUGCGGCUGCGGCUCCGACUGCGACUGCGACGCGCUCAGUCUCGUCGACAAAUAGGCAGAACAGCGCCCCUGCACUGCAUAAAGUCUGCCAGGGAUAUCUUCGACUCCUCAUGCGUCACAGUCGUGGACUUUUAGAGGAGCUCAUACACGCUAGUGGUGCAUUCCAUGAGGAGCAAGGCGGAAUCGCUCCAGUGGAAGCAUCCUGGCGACGAGCACGCUUGCUGCUCGUAGCCGCUAUGGUACCGUGCAUGUCGCUCUAUGCGUUCAUUGGGAGAAAGCUGUCGGUCCAUAUACAGGCCGCAGAUGACCAUGACCCUAGGAAGAGCGCCCGCGCAACAUGGGUGGCCACGUAUUCCAGCCCAAAAUUUCAAGAAUUGGCGGAAAGCUUUGAGCUUCUCCUUGACUUGUACGCGGAGCAAUGGUGCAGUGCGACCUCUGAAACGUUAGAGCGUUUGGUUCAGCAGUUGAAUGAAAUAGCGUAUGCACCGGCGAUGCAGUUUGAGAUGCAGCUCUUCGCUGAGGCAUGUCCGUAG